AGGCGUACGCGUCUACGCCCAGUAACGCCCAUCGCUGGUCCUCCCGCCGCUUCCUCGCCGCAGACGUUCCGCGGCAACCAACUGGACAAGCAGGCCCGGUCCGGUUUCACGGCGUCGCACAACGACUCCGUUGAAACCCGCGUCUACUCCCAGCAUCGCGGAGGACUCCACGUUUUCAGCGGCGCGAUUCACUCACACGAAGAGCGCCUCUGACGUUCCUCAUCUUCGUCUUCGUCCGGUGUAUAAUACUAUCGCUGUCGCGUCGAGGACGUUGGUGAUCUUUACACGACUUUCAAGAAACGUUCAGUCAUCGAUCGAGGACUCUGAAAUAUGUGAGAGUGCAUCGUAUUAAGAUAAUAUAGCGGAGACUUUGAAAGGAUACGUUUCGCAGGCUCGCAAUUCUCGAUUAAAAUAUAGGGGUACCAACUGAAGAUUAUACGUGCCACCAGAUGAGUAUCGAAUCCGGAUUCGAGGUACUUUGUAGUGUAACAUCAUCAGAAAGUCGACAAGAAAAAAUAAACUGAGAAUGAAAGCCGGAUGAAGUAUAGAUAACCGCUUGUAAGUAGCUCACAAGCUGUCCGUCGGAAUGAAGCAGAGUGAGGUUAUGGUUUAGCCGGUGACAGAACUUCGCGAGAUGCUAAUGUAACCGUCGGAAGUGUUGUACUGCGAAAGAAACUUCGUUAAGCGGAAGAAUCACCUUAAAAUUGCUACGUUAUGCCAUUUCACUAAUUCAUCAUGUACGUUAAAAAGAAAUCGUGAAGUUCGCGUAGAUAGUAAACACAAAUCUGAGAAUGACGUCAUCCGUCGAUGCCAGACAGAAUACUUCCGUAAGGUAAAACAUUUAAAAUGAUAUGAAACAUCGAGGAAAUAUUACAUUCAGUUUAAAGAAACGUCUUCUUAGGAAGAAGAAGGCAUCAUGAAAACACGAUCCACAAAAGUUUCAUUGUGAUCGAAUCAAGGAAACUGGAUCUGUCAUUGAGCGAGGUGGGUGUCUUCUCUCAGAAAAAAAUGUCGAGUACAUCCCCGGCGCCACCAAUGGGUCUGGACACCGGGUCAGAAUCGGAGAUUAGAUCGAACCACCUGAUCUCGCGGUUGGAUCAGGAUUCGGAAGAUGCGGAGAAACGGGAUCGAGCGCGAAGGACGGAAUGCAGCAACGCGGACAGCGACUGCGAGAGCGACACGAGCGAGGUAUUGAGCGUUGGCAGUGAACCCACGCCAACCAGCGUGGUCGGGGUGCGUGUAUGCGGGACUAUGAGGUACCAUGACCAGGAAUUGACCAUGACCAUGACCGCGGAACUCACCCCGAGUUCCGGUCGCGGUGAGUUUCGCGACGAAGAGAACACGAGAACGUCGGAGACGUCGUCGCCGGCCAGCUCCACCAGCUGCAACGACCUGUAUUACCAACGCACGUCUAGUAAUCACGUGUCGGCGCCGAGUCCGCCCGGCUAUAGUCAACCACCGUCAUCUCCUACGGCGUCUUCCGUCAGAUCCCCGGCUUCCUCCUCGGCCACCGCCUCAUCGCCUGGUCGGCCGGAGGCUAUCCAAGAGGCUAUCGUACCCAGGUACCAGUCUGGUCAUCAACAACAUCUACUUUCCCGAUACUCCUCCAGGGAAUCUGAGAUCUCCGAUUAUCCAACGCGGGUCCAUGGCAUUGGUCACGAGAUCAUUUAUCCUACCGUAGAGAGGUUACACCGUACACCCAUAAGCGUACCUUUGGUAACGAGGCUCUCAUUGUCACCGCCGUCGGCCAUGACGGUCACCGGACUCCAGGCGACAACACCUGGCGUUCUCCAUCCCGCUGCCUGUAGAGAUCCGCGGGAGACCGCCACGUUGAUGCCGCAUCAUAGCCAGCAUCUGCAUCAUCCCAACGCUCACACGCAUUUGCAACAGAGCUCGCAGGUGCAACACGUGCCGGCGAAUUCGGUGCAUCAGCAUCGACUCUCGGUCAGCAAGCUCCUGCAGCGGGACCCGGGAAGCCCGGCGUCGCCAACCGGCACCAGGGAGGAGAACGGACGUACCCUGCCGGCCGCGAACGGCGUACCGAACAGUAUCGGCAACAACGGCAACCAUCAUCACAAUAAUCACAACAACAAUAACAAUCUGCAACAUCAGAGUCUGAAGUUCAGCAUAGACAAUAUCCUAAAGGCGGACUUCGGCAGGAGAAUCACGGAUCCGAUCUCCUUGAAAAAGUCCCGACCUAAAAAAGUGUCUUCGAGGCCGAUCGAUCUGACAAAGGACUUCCUAGAGUCGUCCUCUGACGCGUCCGAGAGAAGCAGCUCGGAGACAACGACGACGACGACGACCAACACAUCCCCCACCAGCGUAUCGACCGGAAAUUCGGCAUCCAAAGCAACUGGAUCGACUGCGACCGAUCCUGGGAAGAUGUUGUGGCCUGCGUGGGUCUAUUGCACCAGAUACUCGGAUCGGCCUUCCUCUGGACGAAGACCAUCCCGUGUUGCAGGUCCACGCACGAGAAGAGUAAAGAGGACAGACGGACGCGGUGGCGGUACUCCCGAAGAGAAACGUCCUAGGACGGCGUUUAGCGGAGAGCAGUUAGCGAGGCUGAAGAGGGAAUUCGCGGAGAACCGAUACCUGACGGAAAGACGGAGGCAGCAGCUCUCGAGGGACCUAGGUUUGAACGAGGCGCAGAUCAAGAUCUGGUUCCAGAACAAGAGGGCGAAAAUCAAGAAGGCCAGCGGCCAGAAAAAUCCUCUCGCGCUCCAGCUGAUGGCACAGGGACUCUAUAAUCACUCGACGGUACCGCUCACUAAAGAGGAAGAGGAACAGGCCGCGGAGCUCCAAGCGAAAUGACGUAUGCAAACUUAAACAGAAACAUUCGACAAAAUGUUAAUAUGUAACUUCGAGCCCUAAAUUUCGUAUCUGACCCCAAAGAUGCUAUAAGCAAAGAUCAAAUUAUCCUCUUUCGUUUUAAUCCUUUGCGUAAGGAUUUUUGAGAAAAAAUCGGGAGAAGGAAAAAUAGAAUCUUUGAAAAAAUUAAAAUAUACUUAGAUAGCUAGAAUAAAAAAAUUCUUUCGAUACGAUUAAAAAAACAUUUGAUGAUAUUAGAAACUCACGAAGCGAUCAUUUUUUUAAUGAAUCAUUUUUGCAAAAGAGAAUGCGAAUAUCACAACAAAUAUUUUUGUUCAUUUUGCUAAUUAUGCAAGUUUCUGAAAGCAAGUCAUAAUUAACCAAAGCGGUGUAAAUUUUCGUGUUAUUUAAGAAAAAAGAAUAAAUAUGUGGUAUAUUAUACUUUGAAGAGUCAUAUUGGCCAAAUAGGUAAUAAAAAGGAAAGCUUUCUGAGCGGGCCCCCAAAGCCUACGGUCUGCCAUUUCUCUUCCUUAAAAUGAAAGACUGGAGUAUUUAUUUCGUUAGAUGUACUAGAGUGACAACUCGUUAGACAGCAAACGAAUCAACUCGAGGAAUUCUUGUUCUGUAAUUAGAGCUUCCGAUAAAACAGCAUUUGACGUAUGUCGCUCGCCUUCGUUCGACAAUUAAUUGUGAGAAAAAAAUGUUAGUUACCGAGAUGGCUACGUGAAUAAGUUACGGUCGCGCGCCGUUUCUUGCCAUCGCUUUGAAAGGCGAGAAGAAAUAAUAUAAAAACUACGGCACACGUUCCUAGAUCGAAGUACACACAUGGUUGGAUCAGAUUUUGAUUUUCAGAAAAGCGAUACAGGAUAUACCGCAAAUCCGGAUUUUCCGGGACAUUCUGUAUUGUCGUAAAAGAAGAAAACGCGGCUAAUAAUAUCACAAUAUCGGGAGGGAAAAUUUUUCCAAUAAAUAUACUAAUUAUUAUUACGUGAUCUUCUCUCGCAUACAAAAUUUGAUCCAGUUCUAAGAUAAAAAUAAAAUGUGUUCGAUUAGCGUACUGCGAUGGCAUGCAGCGGUUAAUUUUUCACGAAGGAGAUUAACAAGUGCCAUUUUUUGCAAUUUUUCCGGCAAGAUUAUUUACACGAAAACGUACGGAAUCGUCUCGUGACGGAGAAGACUAGGAAUCGAGUGAGUAAAAGGAGAAGCGGGAAAAUUAGAUUUUACAUUAAUUUAUUGUAAAAAUG